AUGGGGGCCACCAUCACCUGCUGUGAGACAGGCUGUGACCGCACAUUCCACCUGCCCUGUGCCCCAGACGGCCAAUGUGUCACCCAGUACUUUGGGGCCUACAGGAUUGACAAUGGGCUGGCCCAGAGUGCCCAUGAAAGUGGCCCCAGCACUUCCAGACAGGCAGUGUCGGGGCUGACUCAGGGCACUCUGGCUGCCAACAGUCAAGCAGCACGGCCACGACGUCCGUACAGGCCUCCAUGGAUCAUCCACGCAUCCACAACGGACAACCGCUCCCAGCCUGGGCCAGUUCGCAUGAGACACGUCUGGCGAUCCUCGCCAGUGGCCUUUACCCACGAGAGGACACUGGAAACUUUCUUGUUGGGGACACCAGGCGUAUCAUCGGAGAGGCAGCCAAGAAGGUGGGGACGACCUGGCAGGAGCAGGCAGCUUUGCACCACAAGGGGCUUGGGCCGCUCAUCCUGCUCCCCAGCAAAGAAGCCCCAGGCCCAGCUCACACAGGAGCCUCCUGUGCAGGCGCCUCUGGGGGCUCUGAGCUGGCACUGCCCACAUCCCACUCCCUGUCUGCAGAUGCAGACCGGCCACACUCAGGGGGCUGCUCUGCUCUUUCCAGAGCUGCUUCGUCUGCUCCAAGAUGGGGGCCACCAUCACCUGCUGAUUGACAAUGGGCUGGCCCAGAGUGCCCAUGAAAGUGGCCCCAGCACUUCCAGACAGGCAGUGUCGGGGCUGACUCAGGGCACUCUGGCUGCCAACAGUCAAGCAGCACGGCCACAACGUCCGUACAGGCCUCCGUGGAUCUUCCACGCAUCCACAACGGACAACCGCUCCCAGCCUGGGCCAGUUCGCAUGAGACACAGUGACAUCUGUGGGGACAAGAGAGUCAAGUUCAAGCUCUGUGUCCACACCUACUGCCAGAUCCUCGCCAGUGGCCUUUACCCACGAGAGGACACUGGAAACUUUCUUGUUGGGGACACCAGGCGUAUCAUCGGAGAGGCAGCCAAGAAGAGCUGCUUCGUCUGCUCCAAGAUGGGGGCCACCAUCACCUGCUGUGAGACAGGCUGUGACCGCACAUUCCACCUGCCCUGUGCCCCAGACGGCCAAUGUGUCACCCAGUACUUUGGGGCCUACAGGUCCUUCUGCUGGGAGCACCGCCCACAGCAGGCACUGCAGCCACGUCCCAGCCAGGACACCACCUGCAGCAUCUGCCUGGACACCGUGGAAGACAAAAUCUCAUACAAAACCAUGGGGUGCCCCGCGUGCCAAGACGCCCGCUUCCACCGGCACUGCAUCCAGAGACUGGCUCUGCACGCUGGCACUGGCUUCCGAUGCCCGUGCUGCCUGAAGCAAGAGCCAUUCAUGACGGAAAUGCUCAUCAUGGGCAUCCGACUCUCUAAGAGACCCCCAUCGUGGCAGAGUGACCAAGAGGUCAGACCCUCCUCAGAUCAGAGGCACGGCCGCUGCGAUGCCUCAAGGUGCCUUUGUUUGCGAGGCAGGGAGCACGUGGAGGCAAACGGACCCUGGCAACUGUGGCUGUGCAGCUCCUGCGCUGCUGAGGGCACCCACAACCUCUGCUCCUCUUUGGAGAGCACCACCUGCUCCUGGGAGUGCAGCACCUGUGCUGCCGCAGGCACCGGUAGGCAUCAAAGCAUUUCCUGCCACGCAAUGCAGACAGGGGCCAGGAUGGGCCUGACAGCAGGACCUUCAGCAUGUGGCUUGGCUCCAGGAGGGCUUCUGGAUACCUCAGUGGCCUCUCCUGCCUGCACCCGGGGCUCUCCUGACGACCUUCCUGCUGCCCCUCUUUGCAGGUUCCUCAGAGCUUGUGAGCCCCAAAACUUCCAGCCAGGAACUGGCUGCACUGUCCCAGAGCACAGUGCUCCUCAAGAGCAGCUCCUCCAUCAGCCCUCGACAGGCCUUGAAGCGGCACUACGCUGAGGAAGAAACACCAUCGUGGACAAUGUACAGCUCUCCUGCAAAACGUCGCAGCGUCGAGGAUGGGCCAGCACACAGUGCUGACACCUGCGAGCCCAGCACUUCCAGCCAGGCCGCAGCACAGCUGGC